AUGAACCUCCUUCUUAUUGCUGCUCAGUUUUCUAUGGCUCUUGCAAUUAACAAAGUUCCAAUGUGGACCAGUAGCGACGAAGUACCCUUUCCAGACAAAAAUAUGACAUGUUCGCCGUUGGGAGAGCAGUACAACUGCUACACCUAUCUGGCGAGGAAGCUGUUACAACCCUGUUGA